AGGGAUAAACGGGAUGAGGGAGGGAACGGGGAGAGGGACGGCCUAUUGCGGAGGUUGAGCAGCGAAGAGGCGGCGGCAGAAGCAGAAGCAGGAAUCCGAGACGCCAUGGCGGAGAGCGACUGGGAUACGGUGACGGUGCUGCGCAAGAAGGGGCCUAGCGCGGCUCAAGCCAAAUCGAAGCAGGCUGUGCUGGCGGCCCAGCGGAGAGGCGAAGACGUGGAGACCUCCAAAAAGUGGGCCGCAGGGCAGAACAAGCAGCACUCGAUCACCAAGAACACGGCCAAGCUGGACCGGGAGACCGAGGAGCUGCACCACGACCGGGUCCCGCUGGAGGUGGGCAAGGUGAUCCAGCAGGGCCGGCAGAACAAGGGGCUGACCCAGAAGGACCUGGCCACGAAAAUCAACGAGAAGCCCCAGGUCAUCGCAGACUACGAGUCCGGGAAGGCCAUCCCCAACAACCAGGUGCUGGGCAAGAUCGAGCGGGCCAUCGGCCUUAAACUCCGAGGGCGGGACAUCGGGCGACCCCUCGAAAAGGCCCCCAAGGGGAAGUGAUGACAAAGCCUCGAAAUCAGUCUGCCCCGACUGAUCUCGCCUGGAUGGGCGCUGCUGCUCCUCUGGCAUGGCCAGGGUUGGCUCCCUCUCUCUGCCAGGCUGACACACCUCCACAAUCACAACCCUCUCGGGAAUCAGCGAACCUCUCGACCGCCGACAUUCCUGCCUUCCUUUUUCAAAGUAUCCAAAUCCUAAUAAAAGCAUCUGAAUCUGCCAGGGGCAAGAAAGACA